AUGGCUGCAGCCCACGGGGAUUUGCGGCAUUUGCUGCCUGGCAAUUACAAGCGCCUGAUCGCUUCAUGGCUGGAAGAAGACUGCCCCAGCCUUGACUAUGGUGGCUUUGUCGUGGGCGAAUCAGAGGGCGAAGCGCGCCUCCUGGGGAAAAGCGAGGGCAUUGUCGCCGGUGUUCCCUUCUUCGACGAGGUCUUUACCCAACUCGGCUGCACAAUCGAAUGGCACAUCAAAGAAGGCCAACCGCUCUCCCCAUCCCCAAUCCACCACUGCGCCACAGUCCGCGGCCCAAUCCGCAAAAUCCUCCUCGGCGAGCGCGUCGCCCUCAACAUUCUCGCCCGCUGUUCCGGCAUCGCCUCCAAAAGCGCCCGCCUCGUCGCCGCCUUGCGCGCCCAGGGGUGGCAGGGCACCCUGGCCGGCACCCGCAAGACCACGCCGGGGUUCCGCGUCGUCGAGAAAUACGGGAUCCUUGUCGGCGGCGCGGACCCCCACCGCCAUGAUCUGAGCCACAUGACCAUGCUCAAGGAUAACCAUGUAUGGGCGUGCGCGAAUAACCGGGCAGCGGCGGACGGCGGGGUCAAGGAUCCUUCGUCCAUCGAGUCCAUUGCGGCCGCUAUCCCGCGCGCGGUGCAGGCGGCCAAGGCGGCCGGCGGGUUUGCCACGAAGGUGGAGGUGGAGUGUCGCAGUGUGGAGGAGGCCAAUGCGGCGAUUGGGGCGGGAGCGGACGUGGUUAUGUUGGAUAACUUUACGCCGGAGGGGGUGCGGGAGGCGGCGAGGGUGCUCAAGCAGGAGUGGGCGGCCAAGCAGCGGUCUUUCUUGAUUGAGGUCAGUGGGGGGUUGACGGAGGAGAAUGCGGCCGCGUAUGCCUGCCCGGAUGUCGAUAUCUUGUCUACCAGCUCGAUCCAUCAGGGCACGAGCAUUGUGGAUUUCUCCCUCAAGGUAUCAUUACGGUGA